AAAUACAGGCCUUUCCAUCUCCUGUGUAUCCUCCGCCACGCCCAGGAACAUCUCCCUUUUCUUCGGGAACGGGGUCUUUGUGAAGAUUCAAUCCCAGACCUGCUCUACGAACGAAUGCAAUGACAAUUUCUCUCCUGUCUGUACGUCUCUGCAUCUCUCCCUGCUUGUUCCCAGUGGCACAGGCACUGACUGAGUGUCAAACUGGGCCGAUCAUCAACACCGUCUACACGGGAGGCCGGUGCCCGAUCUGCUUUUCCCCGGGUCAGAGCAGCUGUUCCAGCAAGGAGACCCUGCAGUGCGAGGGCCGCGCCAGCCAGUGCAUUUCCAUCAGCGGGCAGAUCUUGGAAGAUGACAUCACGAUACCCUUUGCAGCCAGCGGCUGCGCUACCCCAAAUGCCUGCGAACUCAAGAAGGGAGAGAUUCUAAAUUCGGGAGUGUUCACCUACAAAAUAACACAGAUUGAGUGUUACACGCCCAGCAGUGCUCAACGGAUGCUGGGCCCCUUCGUCCUGGGCAGCAUCUUGCCCAGUCUGGCUGGGCUCCUGGCAGUGAAAUUCCUCUCCUAACACCCCCUCUGUAUUACCCCCCCGCCAGGGGGAGCCACCCAACAGCUGAAUGAUGCCCUCAUGGUCCGUGGGUCUCUCUCCUCUCCCCACACCCACCCAAGCCUCAGUUUCCCCAUCUAUGCCCAAAGGAUAAUGAAGCUGAACUGCUUUUGCAAAGGUCCAGGGAGUCAGGGCCCCAGGCAAAGCCCAUUACAGCCAGAUUGGGAGGAGGGGGCGGGUGUGUCUCUGGACAGACUGUGACGUGCUGUGGAACAGUGCUGAGUCUUAUUGUAUUCCACAGCAGCCCCCGAGAGUCCAGCAUGGGGACAACCCAGCAGUCUGGGCUCCCAGCCCCCACUGCUCUAUCCCAUCAGCCCCCACUCCUCUCCCAGAGCUGGGAUAGAACCCAGGAGUCCUGGCUUCCAGCCACCCCGCUCUAACCACUACACACCACUCCCUUCGUAGAGCCAGGGAUAGAACCCAGGAGCCCUGACACCCAGCACUCCCUGAUUUAACGCUGUGUAUUUCCAGAAG